UUAAAAAAUAUUUACAAAAAUGAAGCUAGAAAGGGAAUCAUUCUCCGAAACUGAAGUAUACUCCGUGGGAGAUUGGCAGAAGUUAAAGCUACUCCUUUGGAAAAAUUGGAUUCUUCAGUGGAAUGAAAAAAUUCAAAUAUUUUGCGUUCUGCUCCUCCCAACGCUUUUUCUCUGUCUUAUAGUAAUUUUGCGAUUAAUAGUAAGGCCGGAAUAUAAGCCAGAAAUUCAUUACGUCCCUGAAUCAACAUCGGACCUCAUGCUUUAUAUGAAGAAGCUUACGCUCGGAAAUCGAAUAAUGCACGAGAAUGGAUCACUUAAUAUACCAAGAAAUUUCCUUUGUUUCACUCCGGAUACACCUUUCAAUAGUGCUGUUAUGAAUGCUACGGUAUUGCGGCUCAAACUCCUAGGGACUCGACCCUAUGACACUGCAUCGCACAUGGAAAAGGAUAUGGUAAUGCAUAACUUUUUGGCCGGAGUGCAAUUUGAAGAUAAACCAGUGGCAAUGAAUGAUAACGGAUAUCCGAUUAAUUUAAAUUAUUCGAUUCGUUUUCCCAGUGAACUGCGCACCAUGGAAGGCCUAGUAAUAGAAACCUGGAGGACAGCUAAUUUGCAUUUGGGAUACGACUCGACUGGACCCCGUAAUAGAGAGGAAAAUGAUGGCGGCGUGCCGGUUGGUUAUAUAAGAGAGGGCUUCCUGCCCAUCCAGCAUGCCCUAACCAUGUCCUGGCUUACUUUGGCCUCGGGUAUCCAGGAUAAUGAUCUGCCGCCUAUCAAUGUUCAGAGAUUUCCCUAUAGAGCAUUUAGCUAUGACCAAUUGUUGAGUGGCCUACGGCAGCUACUGCCCUUCGUAAUCCUGCUCAGCUUUAUCUAUCCCUGCUCGACUGUGACAAAGUAUGUGACCACCGAAAAGGAGCUGCAGCUCAAGGAAAUAAUGAAAUUGAUCGGCGUCCACAACUGGCUCCAUUGGAUGGCGUGGUUCGUAAAGAGUUAUGUAUUGCUUAUGGUGGUGGUGGUUCUUAUCAUGUUUCUGAUGAUGAUUAAGCUCUACUAUUCCGUGGCCGUACUAUCAAAUUCAAAUUUGAUUCCUGUACUAGUAUUUUUGCACACCUAUGUUGUGGCCAGCAUAUGUUUUUGCUUUUUACUGGCGGUAAUGUUUACGAAAGCCAGCACGGCUGCUGCAGUGGCCUCUAUACUCUGGUUCAUUACCUUUAUACCCUAUUCAUUUGCCUACUAUUAUUACGAACGUCUGAACCUCUUUGAAAAACUGCUCAUCAGCAUGGUGUUUUCGAACUCAGCCCUGGGCUUUGGCAUCCAUGUCAUAAUAAAGUGGGAAGGAACUGGAGAGGGAGUUACUUGGAACAAUAUGUUUCAGCCGGUCUCAGAUGAUGAUGAUCUGACCCUGUUUUAUGUGAUCAUGGCCAUGACAUUCGGGGGAUUUAUAUACUUCACCAUUUGCCUUUAUGUGGAACAGAUAUUUCCAGGUGAUUACGGUAUACCUCGUAGAUGGGACUUUAUUUUUCGCAGAUCAUUUUGGAUGGAUUUUGUGCCUAUUAAAUUUGUUUCAAAAACAGAAAAAUACGAAAGCUCCACAAGCGGAUCUCCGAAAAAACAAAAACACAGUUGUAGAAAAAAAAGGGAUAUGGGUGUUCAAUUGUGCAACCUUCAAAAAACUUUUGGCAAACAUAGAGCAGUCAAGGGCAUCAAUUUAAAGAUGUAUCGCAAUGAAAUUACAGUAUUACUUGGACAUAAUGGAGCUGGCAAGACCACAACCAUCAAUAUGAUUACGGGAAUAAUUAAGCCCACAAAUGGAACGGCCAUAGUAAACGGCUAUGAUAUUCGAACUGAAUUGGAAAAAGCACGGCAAUCAUUGGGAAUUUGUCCGCAAGUUAAUAUACUCUUCAACAACAUGAGUGUUCGGGAUCAUAUUAAGUUCUUUAGUAAGCUGAAGGGAAUACGGGGUGUCAAGGCUGUUGAAAAUGAGGUAAAUAAGUAUGUAACCAUGUUGGAAUUGCAGGACAAGUCUUUUGUGGCCGCCGAAAAACUAUCUGGUGGGAUGAAGCGCAAGUUGGCCCUUUGUUGUGCCCUGUGUGGAAAUGCGCGGGUUGUACUUUGUGAUGAACCAAGUUCCGGGAUCGAUGCAGCCGGUCGCAGAAGUCUGUGGGAUCUACUCCAAAGCGAGCGGGACGGAAGGACUAUUUUGUUAACCACUCACUAUAUGGAUGAAGCUGAUGUCCUGGGCGAUCGUAUAGCCAUCAUAGCUAAUGGUCUGCUGCAAUGUCAGGGUACCUCCUUUUAUUUGAAGAAGAAAUUUGGCACUGGCUAUCAAUUAAUUUGCAUGAUGAUGAGUGGCUGCAAUGUGGCCGCAGUAACGCAGUUAAUAAAUAAGCAUGUGCCUCACUUGAAACUGGAAAGGGAGUUGGGCACUGAACUAACUUAUCGCCUGCCCAACGAUUACUCCAAGAACUUUGCGGCGUUAUUAAUGGAUUUGGAUGAGAAUUGUGCCAAUUUGAAAUUGGAGGGGUAUGGUUUGAGUGGAGCCACUUUAGAAGAUGUUUUCAUUGAAGUCAACUGCGAGAAGAGAGUUCAGGGGGGAGAGGAUGUGCCGCAGGCUGAUAAAAGUACGGCGUUCGGGGACUUGAUAUUUGAUCAAAAAACAAAGGAAAAAGGAACUUUUAACCGUUUAUCUAUGUAUUGGCAGGCUCUCUUUUUGAAGAAAUUUUACAUCACCAUAGGAUAUUACUGGCUUAUGGUAAUACAGAUUUGUCUACCCAUAAUAAUUAUGACCUUGACCGUACUGAAUUCGCGGGGUGGAAGGAUCUACUUCGAACUACCCGCCAUGCCCAUAUCCAUUUUUCAGUACAAAUAUGUUUAUGUAAUAUUGGAUGAUAAUGCCACUGAUCAAGCCUCGCCGAUAGGUGAGACUUACGAGAGGCAUUUGGAGCGUUACGGUGAUAGAGCCAGGUUAAUAAAAACAGGCGAGAUGAGCUUUGAGGAUUACAUUCUAAGUCGUGGCAUGAGUGAAAAUCACCGAAUUGAUUUUGAUUAUUUGGCGGGGAUCACCAUUGGAAGGGAUAACAUCACUGUGUGGCUGAAUAAUAAACCUUUGCAUACCGCUCCAUUGACGCUUAACCUAUUGCAUAAUGCCUUGGCCAUGAAAUACCUGGGAAAGGAGGCCUCCACAUACGUAACUAAUGAUCCUUUGCCGUACAGCGACGAUACCAGGUCAUUGCGUCUAAACAAAGCACAGCGUUUGGGCGCCGAAAUAGCCAUUAAUUUAAGCUUAUGCAUGGCAUUCAUUACGUCCUUCUAUGCGAUACCCGUCAUAAAGGAGCGAGAGACUCGGGCCAAACUAUUGCAAUUUUUGAGUGGAGUAGAUGUGGUUGCUUACUGGACAAGUCAGUUGAUUUGGGACUAUCUCAUAUUUAUCAUAUCGGCCUUAACGUCUAUAUUCACGAUUGCUGCUUAUCAAGAAUAUGGCUAUUCAACACCAUUAGAUCUAAGUCGUUACUUUUACAUUCUAUUGAUAUUUGGAUUUCCUGCCAUUACCCUAAGUUAUGCUCUAUCUGGAUUUUUUUCCAAUGCUGCAACAGGUUUUACCCGCAUUGCCAUUUUCAAUACCUUUGCAGGAACUGGCAUGUUUAUGCUAGUCGUAGCUCUUGAUUUUGAGGCUUUUCAGCUGAAACAUGUGGCAGCCGAACUUGCCUGGUACUUUCGAAUAUUUCCACACUUCAGUUUGGCCAGUGCCGCUCUUCACAUCCACAUAGGAUAUAAUAUUCGAAAGGGCUGCAGUUUGCCCAGCAUUACGAAAUUAUCUGAAGAAGAACGCUGCCGAACUGUUGCAAUAUGCUGUAAAAUUCCAGAAUAUUUCGGUUGGAAAAGCCCUGGUGUUUUACCAGAAAUCCUAUAUCUAGUGACGGUGGGAUUAAUAUUACUUUUGCUACCAAUUCUGAUUGACGCUAAGAUAUUCGGAUGGAUUGGCGAAGCUUUAGUCAAAUUGUGCUCCAGAAGAAAACGUUCCAGAGGAGGAUCUUCACUCGAAAAUGAGGAUGUAGUGGCGGAGAGAUUGAUUGUUAGAGAAAUGAUAAAUUCCGAAAGGAAAGACAUACCUCUCUUGGUAAAUAACAUUACCAAACACUAUAAAGAUAAGCUGGCUGUGAGGGGAGUUUCCUUUCAUGUCUCACAUGCCGAAUGUUUUGGACUCCUGGGAGUCAAUGGCGCUGGUAAAACCUCAACCUUUAAGAUGCUGACUGGAGAUCACAAGAUCACCUCCGGAGAAGCAUACUUGGAUGGCGAAAACAUAUCCACUCAUAAGAUUUAUGGAAAAAUUGGGUAUUGUCCACAGUUUGAUGCAUUGUUCGAUGAUUUGACUGGUCGGCAGACAUUACAAAUUUAUUGUUUAUUAAAAGGAGUGCAACGUCGUCACAUUAGGACAAUAAGUUGGACGCUGGCAACAUCUUUUGGAUUUGAAAAGCACUUGGAUAAGCGAACGAAACAUUAUAGUGGUGGUAAUAAGCGAAAGCUAAGCACAGCCAUAGCGGUACUCGGAAAUCCUUCGGUUUUAUAUCUAGACGAGCCCACCAGUGGCAUGGAUCCUGCGGCGAGACGACAACUUUGGCAGGUAAUAGGUGCCAUUCGAAUUGCCGGAAAGUCAAUCGUGCUGACCUCACACAGUAUGGACGAAUGCGAGGCAUUGUGCACCCGAUUAGCCAUAAUGGUGGAUGGCCUAUUUAAAUGCAUAGGAUCAGUUCAAGGCUUAAAAAUCCAGUACUCAAAGGGUCUCAUACUCAAAAUAAAAGUCAAGCAUAAAAAGAAACAUUUUCAGAGAGUAGUGGAAAAUUCUUCUUCCUCAAGCCAAAAUAAUUAUUUUGCAGAAGUUCAUCCAACAAAUGAGAAAAAAAAUUCUUUGUUAGGCCUGGAAAAUGCACUACCAGAUCGAGUUUUAAAGGUAAAUAGAUUUAUAUUGAGAGAAGUUCCUGGUGCUGAAUUCAAGGAGGAAUACAAUGGACUAAUAACAUACUAUAUGCCACAAACAACAAAUUUGGCUAAAAUUUUUCAGCUUCUUGAAAGUAACAUGAACAAAUUGAAUAUUGAAGAUUAUUUAAUUAUGCAAACACGGUUGGAGGAAAUAUUCUUAGACUUUGCUGCACAGCGGGAAGGUUCUUUAGUGAUUACUAAAAGAAAAUGUUGGUGUUGCUAGUUAAAUGGUUUUGUGUUUCUUACUUUUUAUAGCUGUAUAAUAAUUAUGUUAUUUUCAAUACAUU